AUGACCGAGGGGUGCACCGAGUUUUCAAAUUUUCGGUGCACCGAAAACAUCAACGCGGGGUGCACCCAAUCGCGCUGAGUUCAACGAGGGGUGCACCCCGAUAGCCGGUUCGACGCGGGGUGCACCGCAACUUUUGUUAGAGGUUUAAUUAGGCCACUUUCUGUACAUUUUUAAUCUUUAAUGGUAAGCUCAAAAUUUUCUUUUCAUUUUUUUUUUCGGUUUUUUUAAAUCGAGUUCACACUCAUAUUCUUCUUUUACUGUUCUAAAGGCGAAACUGAGCGUUUUUUAUAAUUUGGCUUGAUUUUUGAAAAGAUCUUCUCAUUUAAUUAAUUUUUAUUUCCCUUGUUAACUAAUUCCUACUACGCAAAUUUAAAAAAAUAUAUAGCAUUCAUUCAUUUCCGGAAAUUCAAUGAAUUUUUGAUUUUCAGACGCGAAUGCGGUGAUAUUUUCGAAGCCGCCAAAAAACUGAAAAAAAUGGAGAGCAGUUCGUCCAGUGCAAAGGAUACAUGUGUGCAAGUCGCGCUACGGUUCGUUUUUUCUUAUAUUUUUUGUGAUAUCUUUUUAAAUGUUUUUCUGUUUCAAAAACAGGAUAAAUAUUCGGAAAACGUCAAAUAUUUAAUGGGUAGGAGACGAAUUAAAUCAAAUUCCGUAGAGUUAUUGAUUAAAAAUAUUAUGAGUACAUAUAUUAAAAAAAUUCAACCAAUUUUUCCAAACUUUUUGAUUUUUUUCGUUUGAAUGGAGAUAAAAAAAUCAAUUUGAGCUGUUGAGUUCGUGAUAAAGUUCAAAAAAAUGGUAUGAAAUUUAAUUUUUUUGAAAAAAAGAUUUAAAAAAACUUAUACCCGGUGCAAAAGUAAUCCCACAGAAAUCAAAAUUAUCUCUCAACCUCGAAAAUUUAGUUUUCUUUCCCUCUCUGACAAAUUUCGAAGUUUGCGAGAUCAAUUUGAAUACUUUUCAAUUAGUUUUUCUUCCUUUUCUUGUGCUCAAAAGUCUAGAAAAGAGUAUAAAUUGGAGAUUGUGGGCCCAUAUUUGGGCAACUGGGUGCGUCUUCGGCGUACUUUUCACGGCGCUGGCUUUCCUUUGUUUGUUUGUGUCUUGGCUUCUGUGAUUGGAUUGGAGUGGUCUCCGUUUUGGGAAACUUUUCGGGGCACCUUAUCAGUUGGUAUUAGGAAUAUAUUGGAUUUUACCGACUUUAAUAGGUAGAUUGGCUGGGGGAAAAGUAUAGAAAAAAACAUUUUUUUUUUCGUUUGAUUAUUCUUUCUUUUUGAAACUGUUGAAGGUUUUUGAGCGCCAAAGACAAGAGAAAUACAUUUUAAAAAAAGGAGACUCGUGUUUGAAUUCGAGUUUCCCGCCAAACAGCCGCGUCGCACACGCAACGUGAGAAGUCUCGCAUGCUGAGCAGGGUAACCCCGCCGUGCUAACACGGGGUCUCCGCGGGUGCCCCCGUAUUAAACCCGUAAAAGCCCAGCUGAUAGAACUUUUGGCAAUUUUUAGCCCAACUGAGACCCCGCUUUAGCCCAGCUGGGUUACAUAUUUUUCUUACACCCGUUGUUCCCCCGUUUUAGCCCAACUGAGACUAAAAUAACCUCAGAAACACGGGUUAAAUACGGGUACACCCGUUGAGACACCUGAUCAGCAUGCGAGGUCGCGUGGGAUUGACCAUAGAAAGUUGAAUAAAUUUAGCUUCGAAAACCGAAAAAAGAAACAGGAAAAAGCUCUUCUGAAGCUUGAAGAGCCGACUUUUUUCUUUCUUAUUAACAAAUUUUUUGCAGUAUCCGACCCCAAGGAACUCGAGAGAAACUUGAGGGGAGUCGAGUCUGCACGUCGGUCCUGCCUGGGGAGCCGCAGGUAUAAUUUCAUUGAUCUUUGUUUAUAUUAAUGUUUUGUUUUUUUAAGAUGAAAGGUUGUUAUAGAUCAAUUAAAAGUUACUUUUUUCACAUACUUACUUACUACUUAGAUACUUAGAUGGUCCAUCUUCGCUUUCGACCUUUUAUUGCCUUUUAGUGCCUUUUAUUGAUCGAAGCGUGGACCACACGUUUUCCAGGAGAUCUUAUGCAAUCGGUCAUCCAGUGUUGUCGUCCUGGUUGACUGGUAUUCUUGCGAAAAAGUUCCAUCCGUGGUGUUGAACGUGUUAUAGCAUAAUUGUGGUCUUAUUAUCCUUUUUGCCUUGCCAGGGCUAAAAAAGACCGCCCAUUCUGUUAGCAGAAGCAAGCCGAACUGCGUGACCGGUGUACCGUUAGCCGCCAUAAAUGGCGUUGCCUCCCCAUCACCGCGUAGAGGUGGUACUUGAAGGGGUUUUUCACAUGGUUUAGUUUAAUUAUCUUUUUUCAAAAAUCGUAGUAAACGAAAAGUUUUUAUCCAGCUUGAGCGGUUCUUUGAAGAGUCGUAGGAAUCAUAUUUUCACUUUAAAGGCUACCAUUGGUGCUGAUCUUGCAGCUAGGACUAUAUUCCUGAUCGACCGUCUUUUUUCCAUUUAUUUUUUGAUUUUUAUCAGCUUACUUUUCUCAGAAUCUGUUAAAUUAUGUUUUUUAACAUGGCCCUCUAGUUUGACCCGUUCAUAGAUGGAAAAGUUUAGAACUCCUUCAGCCCGGGACAAGGGGUCGGUUCACAAAAAUUUUGAAAAACUAGGGGAUAAAAUUAAGUUUUAAUCUCAGGAUGGUAGUUUUGACCUCAAUAAUGCAAUUUUUAGCCUCAGGGAGGUAGUAUCAACUUUUAUUAAGAAAAUCAGGGGAGAAGGGGUCGAGGGCCUUUAAAAAUAGUCUGCCCAUGUAUGGUCCCGUUGUUCCUUUUGAAAAAGACCGUUUACCCAAUUAAAUAAAAUUCUUUCGUUGCUUUAAGACCUUUUUUGCAGUUUUGUAGAUCAGAAGUGCAUGGUAAGAUUUUUUUUACUGCCGUUCUAAUGUUUUGCGCCUAACAAUUUCUAAGAGUUUCUCAAAGCUCUAAUAAAUGAUUCUUUUGGGAAUUCAGGUUACCAUCGGCGGAGAUCGCUCCUUCACUUAUGACUACAUUUUCGACCAACCCACCCCGCAACACGCGGUUUUCGAAGGAUGCGUCGAAAGACUCGUCGAAGGCCUUUUUGAUGGGUACAAUGCUACUGUUCUUGCAUAUGGACAGGUGAGAUAUGUAAAAAAAAAAUGGGGAAAAUGAAGGUAUUUUCUAUGAUUUUCCUUCCUUUAUUUGUUCAUAAAAGGUAAAAGUAUUUGGAUGCGUUUUUGAUUUGAUUAUGUUUUUUUUGCUCUGAAGCUUGAUUAAAGGCUGAUCCUUGCCCUUAUUUCAUUAUUAGCGGGUUAUUCUGACUUUUUUUUUUCGACUUUGAAUCGUGAUAGAAAAAACUCCCUACGAAAAAAAGGAAGGCAAAAUGCCAACCGUGCGUUGAAAAGUAUUUGCUACUUACAAGUUAAAAAGAGUUCCAUAAGGUUUUUUUGAAAGCUUAUUUUUGUUCACCCUUCCGUCAAAACCAAUUGACAAUUUUCCCUUGAUUUUCAGACGGGAUCCGGAAAGACUCACACGAUGGGAACGGCCUUCGACGCGACGGCUCAUCUGAAUCCCCACGACGCCGGAGUCAUCCCCAGGGCGAUCCAGCAUGUCUUCAGGAAGAUUUCAGAGUCCAAGGUGCAUUAUCACACGUGGGCAAGUAGAAAAGUCAAUUAUUCAAGGGGUUAACGUGCGAAAAUCCAAAAAAAGCUACUUGGGGAUUUUUAAGUGGCACCUGUAGGGACCGUAGAAGGAGUUCUUAGAGAUCAAAUCAAGGUAGUCCCUAUAGGGGUUUAGGGUCUGAUCUAUUGAUUCCCCUAUAGGGGCCACUUUUGCGAGCUUUAGUGGCCCCUAUAGGGGUUUUAGGCACAAGGAGGUAGUGUUGACAGAAAUAAAUAUUAGCUUUAACUUAGGCAUUCAUUUUUAUUGGCUUGUGCAGUUUUUUAAAGCGUUCGCGAUGCCUUUUUGUCCCCAAUUCGAUAUCUUUCACAUUUCUAGGUUUUUUUUUGGUUGAAGAAACUAUUUUUGGCUUCAAAUGAUUUUAAAAAGACAUUUUCAAGAAGAUAUUUCUCACUAAAAAGUUUCACUAAAGCGACAAUUUUUGGAUUUUGAUCGAAAAAUUCUAUCUGCUUUUUCAACGAAGAAUUUUCUGUAACUUCCGAGUUGUAAAAAAAUUUGAAUGCCUGUUUUUUUCAACGAGGAGAUCUUUUCAGUCGAGUUCCCUAAGUCAAGGCCUUCUGGAGCCGAUCUUCGAAGUCUCGGUGCAGUUUGUUGAGGUUUGAAAUUCAUUUCCAGGGUCAAAUGAACAAAAAAAUCCACUGUUUAGCUCUACAACGACGACAUUCUGGACCUGCUGACGGAGGACCGGGCAACCUCGGCUUUGAUCCGAAUCCAUGAGGAUAAUCGAGGAGAAAUCGUGUUGAAUGGGGUUGCCGUUCGACCGGUGCAGGACUUGGAGACGGUUCGUGAAGAAGAAAAUUGAAAUUUCAGGAAAAAUCAUGAAUUUUUCUCCUCUAUAGUCCAUUUGAGGCGACUUGAAACUGUUAUUUUUUUUUUCUCUGCACCCUUCUCGCCUCACGGCAACGCUCCCAUUUUGACGUGCUAUUUCCAUGUUUCUCUUACCUUCAAGGUGAGAGACAGAGAGACGCAGAAACCCGAAAACUAUCCAGUUGCUGUGGAAAGACUAUACUUGCAUUAAAAAGGCAAUUUUAAAGAUAGAACCUAGUUUUUUGUACUCGUUCGUUGAUUUUGAGUGAAACAGCGAGGGCACUGAAGAGACGCAGUUUCUCUGUUUCUCUGACCUCUCUUUAGAUCACGUUAUCCUUUUUUCGCUGGAAGUUAGAGGUCCUGUAUUGCAGUAUCAUAAGGUUUUUUUCAGAGUGUUUUUGAUUUUAUUGAUUUUUAAAGUUUUUUUUUCUUUUUCUCAGGCCUCUCUUCAUCUCUCACGUACUCUCGUUUAGGAGAUUAAGAGCAUUUUACAAUUUUUUGUUUCAAUCAGUUUUAUCAUUCAAACUUUUCAAAUGUUUACCAGGAAAACUAGAAAAAUGUAAAUUUAGGCAAUACUUUUCAAGUUGAAUAGGUUUUUGGAGCCUAAUUAUAUGGUCGUUUUGCUUCAAAUGCUGUUGAUCCAAUCCCUAGCCCUCCUUUUUGCUUCCAGACGAUGGAAAUCCUGAAAAACGGCGCUCUGAACCGAACGGUGGCGUCGACCAACAUGAACGAGCAGUCGUCCCGGUCUCACGCCAUUUUCACGCUCCAUCUGAAGCAGCAACGUGUCGUCAGCAGCCUCGAUGAGAACGGACAACCAACUCCGCCCAAGCCGGUCAGUGGUUUUCUGAUUUUUGAAUAGUGCGAAUGGCAAAGACGGGGAAUUUGUGCAGGUUGAGACUUUCAAAUCUUCUUCCGGUAGGGAGUGAGGAGUGAUCUGGCCAAUUUUCAGGAAAUUCAUAACCGCGAAGGAGAAUAACCUCCCAUGUGAGCACCUUUAAAAACAGAAAUGUCCUUUAUUUAUUUCUCGAACUUUCUUGAUUUUUCUCAGCAUUUCGAUUUCCCAGGGCGACAUGGAGAUGGAGAUGCUGUCGGCCAAGUUUCAUUUCGUCGAUCUUGCCGGAUCGGAAAGAAUGAAAAGGACUGGAGCUACUGGAGAACGUGCCAGGGAGGGAAUCAGCAUCAACGUCGGAUUGGUAAGAAAUCAAAGAAAGAAUGAAAAAAAAGUCAAUAAGUAUUGUACUUGGAAUAGUGGGGUUAACAGUUGAGCCUUUAGAAAAAAUUCCCCUGCUAAUAUUAUAUUUAGACUGAAUCUAAAAAAAGAAUCUAAAAAAUUGUUAACCUGGUUCUUUUUGAUACAGUCAUAUCUACUUGAGAUUUCAGGGAUUCAAAAAAAAUUUUUUUCAAAGAUGAAGCCCAAAAUAAAUAAAAAAGAAUUAAUUUUCAGCUAGCCCUCGGUAAUGUCAUCGCCGCGUUGGGCGGAGCAACUGGAAAAGUUUCCCAUGUACCGUAUCGCGACUCCAAAUUGACAAGAUUGCUUCAAGACUCUCUUGGUGGCAACAGGUGAAGCUUUCGAGGGUCUUUGAGCAUUUUCAAGGCUAGAAAGGAUUAAUUAUUUCAAUUCAAGCGGAAAAGAUUGAAAAAAAGAUCAGUUGAAAGUUUAUUGAAGUAAAGAGGUUAAUAAAGAGUGGUAUGUUCGAAAAACUUAAUAAAGUGUUCUGAAGAAAAAAUGUUAGUUUAAAAGGUCUUGCUGUGUAGUUUAAAGACGCAUAGAUGGUUUCAGAAAGGUCUCGAAGCGAAGAGUCAUUUUCAUUGUAAAUCUGGAUCACGCAAAAUUUUUUCAAUGCGCAUAAGUGGGCAUGUAAAAAACACAAUCAAGGACAAUUUGGCUUACAAAUUUUUUGAAAAGGGGUAUAAAAAUAGUUUUGAAUCCGAGGAGGUAUGGUUAGGCUUACAAGAUAGGUCGUUUUUAUUUGCGGUUAGGAUCCGCCCAAAGUUUGGCCAGAAUACUCCUCGAUCUAUCAAAAGAAUUUUCUAAAACUCUCAGCUUGCUCAAUUUCAUAAUUUUCGAAAAAUAAGUGCCCAAAGCUUGAAAUAUAGCAUAUUUCGAUAGCUUUUGAAAAAUUUUUUCACUUUGAGGCGCUGUAUCUCAAAAACUAGAAAGUUGUGCAGGUUGAGACCUUCAGAACCGUUUUCUAGUACAUCAAAGAGUGUUCUGACCAAUUUUCAAUGACAGCCCGACCGCAAAGAAAAAUGAUUUUCCUUGUUAAGAGAAACUUUACGACAUUUAAAAAAAUGCUGUCCAUUUGUGAAUAUGAAUAAAACGAAGUAAAAAGUCAAGAAAUACAUGUCUUUAUUUGAAAAUCCUAAUAAUCAAUUUCCCCUUUUCCAGCCGAACUUUGAUGAUCGCCUGUGUCUCACCCAGUGACAGCGAUUUCGUCGAGACCCUCAACACGAUGAAAUACGCGAACAGGGCCAAGGAGAUCAAGAACAAGGUGACUUUACUCCUUUCUUCGAAGUUAUAAAAAUAUAUUCCUCAGGUGGUCGCCAACCAGGACAAAUCAUCGAAAAUGAUCGGGGAGCUGCGCGGAAGAAUCGCUUCUUUGGAAUCGGAGCUUCUCGAGUUCAAGCAAGGCCGUCGGACUUUGGAUUCCGACGGAACGGAAGUCGUUAAUGAUCAGUAUCAUGAGAAUGUUCUACUCACGGUGAGUUUGAAGAUUCAUAAAUUGAAAGUGGAAAAAGACUUACGUGAAAGUAUGGCUACUAGGAAAGUAUUGGAAAAAUCUUGAGGAGCCUGAAAAUGCCUCGAAAUAGCACGGAAAAGACGAAAAAAAAUUUUUUUUCGUAAAUUUCUCAAACAGUAAAAGCACUCUACGCCCCAUGGAAGUUUAGUACUUUUUAAAGAAAAAAAUUUUUUAAACUAGUAGGAAACAAACCGUAGUAGCCAAGAAAGGUGAUUCAACUGAGGUCGUUAAUGAUUGUUAUCUUUGGCAAAUUACGGAAAAAAAUGGACCCAUAUUCAAAGAAAAACGGAAAAUUGGUUCUUAUGAUUAAAUUUUUUUGGUUUUUUUCACUUCUUUCAGUGUUACCAAUAUCAUUAAAAUGUAUAAAAUUUUUUGUAGGUCUGUCUUAAUUCGAAAAAAAUUUAGAACAGGGAAGCGGGCAUUUUGUAUUCAAAACUGUCAUGCAACAGAAAUAUUGAAGAGUUCGGCUCAGUCUUUAGAAAAGUUUGAGUUUGAAGAAGUUUUUUUUCGGAAGGACCGUCAUAAGUAGUAGAAUUAACUUUUUCCAAUGGUACAGUCUUUGAAAGUAUUUUGAGUUCGAAAAAAAGAGAGAAGUGAUUAACUAGAAAUUUGCAUCUAGAAAAUUUUCAGGGCUUUCAGUCAUUGGAUUAAGAUUUUUUUUUUGAUCGGUUUUUAUACGUUUUUGAUGUUUUGAGUGAAAAUAUUUUUUGUGAAAUCUUAAAAACGGAUAUAGUUGAGCCAUUUGAACCCCAAAAUCUGUAUUUUGAGGCCGAGGUGAAUCAGUUGCGAUUCCGAGUGAAGGCCUUGACGGAGACGAAUGAGAUUCUGAGAAGCCGAAACGUAGACUUAAUGGCGGCCAAAGACUCGGCGGCCCUUCAAUCUUCAGGUUUCUUCAAAUUUCCAACAAGAAAAGGGAAAUUUGUGAUUUUAGACUCUGUCAAUGGUAAUACGGGCGAGGAUGGAGAAGUUGACACGGUCCAGAAGACGUUCCGGAAAUAUCUGGAGGAACUCGAAAGGACCAAAUCUUCUUUGUACGAAUCCCAGGCGACCUGUGACCAGUUGCGCAAGGAAAUGAGCCGUUGGAAGGCGCAGGUGAAUAGAAAUAUCAGGAAAAGGUCAACGGAUGUAUAUUGAAAAUGAAAAUAGUUUGAAUGAUCAGGGGGAAAUAAAUCCAGCGAAACUUGAGAAAAAGAAGCUUUGAAUUUUUCAUUUUACUAUCAGAGUAUCUUCACGAAUGAUAUAGAAAUAGGAGCACGUGAAAAUGCUUACACCACUAAAGUGGUCACUAGAAAUGCACAGAAGCGUCCGGCUCGCGUUACCGAGGUUCGAGAACACUUAUAUGAACGUUAGGCACCUUCUGAGUCAUUUAGUGAUCCCUCAAGGGGUGUUAACGUCUCUUCAGUGAUCACUUUAAAGGUCGGUAUCAAUUUGCGCGCGCGCUUGGUGUCUGAGAACAAAUCCCAGAUUUUUUAUUUAAUCGUCGUCUUUGAAAGAAAAAAUAGUCUUUUUAAGCAAAAACAGGCAAAUUUUAGGCGACUGGACGAAUCCCUCAAGACAGCGUUUUCUCGCCAAACAUCACCACGAACAAACUCAUCGACAUGGCUCGUAGUGAAAUCGACCGCGAGAGGAAGAACUUUGCCACGGCUGAUGGUAGGUUCUGGCCAGAAAAGGGUCUUUUCAUGAGAUUUCAUUAAUAUUUUUGAAGUCAGCGACUUUUUUAAAGUCUAGUUUUGUUCAGAAGCAGCACGAAACUUCAAGUUUAAAAAAAGGACUUUAUAAUCAGUGGAUCAUUUUUAGUACUGCAAAACGUAUUCCUUGCUAUAUUUUUCUUCGUUUCAAUAUUUUUUAGUUCCAGCUUCAAAAAUCGAAAAGCUCUGACUUAGAAAAUAACAAAAGAAAAACAUUCAAAGACCUAUAGGCCAUUUUUCCAUAGAGUUUUCCGCGUUUUGCAGCUGGUCAGACGUCGGACUACGCUUCUCUGGGAGCUGGAGCAGCUACCGAGGAAGAUGGGACGAGCAACGACGCCGACGAGCUGGACGAGGAUGACUUGGACCGUGAUGAAGACAUGGAUGAGGACGAGGCCGAGGAGAUGAAGAAGGAUGCCGGUGCGUGGAAUGGGGAAUAAGGAUGGAUUUUGAGAGGAAAAAAAAUGAGUCACUGUAAAAAAAAGAUGAGCUUGAAAAACAAGUUUCUUAAAGCAACUAUGAGAUGAUAGUACCUUGGUACGAAUAUUUUUUAACAGAACAUUGAAAAUCUGUUUUUUUCCCAUUUUUUUCUCAUUUUUCACCACUUAGCGCUGAUAAUUUUUUUUAAAGACUUGUUCGGCAAUUUUAAGUAGGAGCCAGCGUCAUAAACUGUCCCUGUGGGACCUGGUCUUCAAAAUAGCCACAUCAGGCGAGAUUUGUGCGCUCCAUUGCUAAUUGUCUGAUAGUAACAAAAUAACUUAACAAAUUAGAUAAGAUUUCACGAUUCGGAGCCUUUUCAUAUCUCCCUAAAAGUUUUUUUUCAAGGUUUUGAGCGAUAAAAAUUUUAGAAAAAUGGUGAAUUUCUGUGAAUUUCAGAAUGCAACGCCAUGCAGGACAAUCUUAACGAUGUGAUGUCGGAGAUCUCCAUCAAAGAACGGUUUGUUUGAAAAUUUUUUGUAAGAUUUUCUCCAAGAACAGAAGAAAGAUUUUCUCGGUCAAAAAAGUUAGGUCAAAGAAGGUCGUAGUAGUAUUAAAUCUCCAAUCUUUCUACUUCCAACUUGAAAAAUUUAGUUUUUCUCUUUCUUCAAGCUGAUCGCCAACCUCAAGUUUAAUUUUUCAGACUCAUCGAGCAGCUCGAAAUCUCUGAACAUCGUCUUCAAAGCCUCCGAGUGACUUAUGAACGGAAACUUUCGGAGCUUUCACUACGAAUAAAAGCGACCGAGGCCGAGAGAGAUAAGAUCCUGGCGGAGGGUGCAGCUCGUCAGACGGGGAAGAUGAGCGACGAUCAGGCCAAGGUAGAGUUUUGAAUGAAAAAAGCCGUUCUGAAGCAUCUUGGUGUUGCUAAGAAUGAUUGAAAUGGCGCAGUUAUUUUGAAUCUUCAGCGCGUCCGACUGAAAACGGCUUGUGCGUCACAAUAUCCUAAAGGAACGGUAGAAGAAAGUCGCUCCAAGUCGGGCGCAAGUUUAGGACAAAAACGCGAACUCUUUGAGCAAUUUCAUGCAGGCCAUAGGAAAUAGAGUUUUAUGUAGAUGUAUUUGAAAAAAUCUGACCUGUCUGCGCUCUCUUUUCUCUCACCAGAUGAGGUUGCAGAAAGAUUGAAAUAUCACUUUGGUAGGGGAACGAACACAGAGAAAUCAGAUUUUUUUUAGCUUUUUCGCGAAAAGAAAUUUUUAUAUAUGCUGAAAAUCGGUGCAAGCGAGAGAUCAGCGGCGUUCCGAAGAGACUCCAGAGAAAUCAAAAAAAUCUGGUUCUCUACUUCUCUUCUUGGGGCCUCGCCCUCUCUCUAAAACGAAAAUUAGGGGUAAGUAUUGAACCAGUGCCCCUUGAAGAGACGCCAGAGAAGUGAGAGGACCUUGUUUCUCUGCGUAUCUUCAGUUCAUCAUCCCUCUCUCGUCUAGCUUUUUUUUUUUUUGUUUGAAAGUUUGAAAGUUUGAAGGGACAAAAACUUGUUUUUGAAAUAAGGAAAUUGAAAAGUAGCCCAUCAGUUUACGGUGAAGCUUUAAAAAUUACAGCUUUUCGUAAAAUAAAAAUGUUAUCUUUUCUCACAAAAUGUUGAAAAUAAGAUCAAGGAAACGAAACGAAAAAAGUUUCUCACAGUGCAAUUUUUUCUCGUCCUGCACAUCUGGAAUCGAUUCCGUCACACAUUGGCCGCUCAUGUGAAAACGAUCAUUUUUGCUAAUUUUGUGUCGAUUUCUCGGUGGCUCCGCUGUACAUUUUGACUAUUGAGAUGGUUGUGAACAUUUAUGUAAGGGAAAUGGUGGGUUUUUCUCUAUUUUUUUCAAGAGGAUUAGUAAUUUUUUUCUAGAAAGUUUUAGAGCUGGGGAAGUUUGAAAAAAUUGGAUAAGCGUCUUUUUCUGCAGUUUUUUUCUUGAAACUAACGUCUGGUCUUGAAAAGUUUCUGAGAGAAUUGAUGGGUUUUGAAUUUCCCAUCAUAAGUAACGUCAGAAAUCAAAUAUGGGGGGUUAAACAGCGCAAAUAUUCAAAAACAAGCUUUUUUUCAAAUUCACUUAUCGUACUUAGAAAGCAUGGAAAGGUUCUCAACUUUUUAAAUCUAUGAAUUGUCAUCCAAGUUAAUCAUUUUGUAAGUUUAUAACAAGUUUAUGAGCUUCUUAUGAAACGUAUUGUACAUUGCUAAAGGAUGUUGAGAUUUUUUUAUUAAAAAGUUUUUUUCAUUUCUUUUUUUCAUUUUUUUAAUAAGUCUCUCUGCAGAUUUUUCGGAUUUCUUUCUAUUAAAUUUCAUCGAGAAGCUCCAAAAUGGGACAUUAACAUCUCAAAAAUUAUUUUACUGAAGAUAUAAAGUAUCGUCAGAAAAGAUUCGGUAACCAUUUUUUGCUCACCAUUUACUUAUAUCAAUCUUUCUGAAACUUUCUAAGUAGCGUUUUUUUUUCUAUGAAUGGGAUUUCCAUCAGAGUGUUACAAAUAAUAGUCACCAGAAUUCCAAAAAGUUUCAGAAACUGUUUUUCGUAUUUUUUCUGACAGAACAGUACCUUUAAAAAAUCUCAAGAAAAUGAACUUCGUCUUAAUAAUCAUUUAUUGAGAGAAGUUCAAACUCUAAAGAUUUUGUUUUGAUCCGAAAUUCGGCCUAUGAUACAAGUUCAAAACAGUUUAAUCUUGGAGGAAUCGACUCAAAAAAAACAUCAAAGGCAACUUGAAUAUUGCCUUCUGUUCGGGGAAAAAAAUAAGCAGAAAAAAGGGAUGAAACUGAAUUUUCAGCGAAUCCGAGAGGAAUAUGAGAGGAAGAUCGCCGACAUGCGCAAGGAGUACAAGAAGCUGCAAGCCUUGGAGCGCGAACACCAGAAGCUGCAGGAGAAGGGCGAGCGAGAGCGGCAGCAGAUGCGACAGUACGAGUCCGAACUCAAGGACCUCAAGAAGAUGAAGGUCGACCUCGUGAAGAAGAUCAACGAGGAGAAGAAACGCCAGCAGCAGCAGGCUCAGGCCAACGCCAAGGCCUUGGCUGCCCGGGACAAGCAAUCCAGGUAGAGACCUACAAAGGGAUAAACGAGGCUCUGACAUGAUUUUCAUGUUUAGAAGGGUUAAAUGUCUUUUUUUGGGUUUUGGUCGCAUUUGGAAUGGCUUAGGAAGCUUCAAUGUUUUCCAUGGUCUUUUGGGAAAGUAGUUUUGAGUCGGGUGCAUUUUUAAGAAGUCGAAUGAACUAUAUAUAUCCUAGAUGGAACAUGCAUCUUCAACAAGAGAGCCACGUUUAGAAAGUCUUCAAUAGUUCUUUUGGUUUUGGUCGCACUUGGAAUGGCUCAGGGAUCUCCAAUGUUUUUCCAUGGUCUCUUGCGAAAGUAGUUUUGAGUCGGAUGAAUUUUUUUUUAGCAGCCGAGUGAACUAUAUAUAUCCUAGAUCAAACAUAGAAUUUUCAACAUGAUUGCCACGUAGAGAAAGUGUCAAAAGUAUUUAUUGUGGUCGCACUUGGAAUGGCUCAGGAAACUCCAAUGUUUUUCCAGGGUCUUUUGCGAAAGUAUUUUUGAGUCGGGUGCAAAAAAUAACUUCUAUCGAGCUCAUCCUACUGAAUCAACUCAUCUCAGCUUUGAUCAAAAAUGUUCUACAACCUUUAAAGAUCUAAGAAAAAAAACUUUUUUUUCCCUCGUCUUCCAUAAGAAGCACCAAAGUUUUCAAGAAUGCAUAGACUGUUGCAAGCAAAAAAGGAAGAAGCUAUAAAACGAGACACUGCGUCACUUUUUCAGAAUUGAUUCUAUAUUUUAUGAUGAUGUUUUUUUUGUUGGCUUAUUUGAAAAAGAAGAAUUUUAGGAUGCAAGCGAACAAGAUCCGAACCCUGGAGAUGAAAGACAAGCAGAGGGAGCAGUUUUUGAAGAAAACGACAGUGGAAGUCAGCCAGCUGAGAAAGGAGAGGGUUGGUCCAUUUUCUGAGAUUUCAAGGAUGUUUUAGAGAAAAUUUUGGGCCUAUAGUUCGACCAAAAUGAAUAAAAUGUGAAAAUGAAUACGUUUGAGUAGUAGAAAAAUUUGUAUAGGUUCUAUUUUUUUCGAAACUUAAAUGGAGUUCUAGACCAACCAGAAUGAAAAAAACAUACAAUAUAAAUAAGAAAAAUUUUUGUAUUCAUUGAAAAUACUUCACUUAUUGUUUUUUUAUUCUAAGGGGGUACCCUUGAGAAAACAGAGUUUAUCUGAUUUUUGAGGAUUCCGGUAAAAAGAAAUGAAAGUUUUAGACGUUCUAGCUGAUAAAUUUUGCCUCGGAACAUCAUCAAAAAUUUCAAAUUGGACAAGUAACAAAAAAUUAUAUUUUUCGAAAAGUCGGAAAGAGCAGAAUUGGAAGAUCAAAAAGCGUUUGAAUAUUGUAUAUAGUUUGCCGAAAUUUAAUAUUUUUCAGAGUUCUAAAAAAAUAAUUCUGAGAUGGAAUUUCCUUGAUUGAGACAUCACUUAAUAAAUUAGACGCCUGAUUGGAUUUUUGACCUAUUUUUCGGGAUAGUUUUGGUUAUCUUCUGCAUUAUUUUAAUAUCUUUCUGUUUCAUAAACUUAUCUUUCCAUGUUUUCAAGUUUUUUUUUUUAAGUACCCGAUUUAAAUUUUGAAAGUUUCUUGAAAUCAUUGAACCACCUGCUUCAGAGAAAAAGUUUUUUCUCCAUUUUUGGCUUAAAUUCGAGUUUUGUCCCUUCACAGUUCUCAAUCUUUCUAAUUAUGAAAAAAGAUGUUUUGAGAAUCGAAUAAUCUGUUCCUUGCUUUGGAAUUAUAAGGUCCUGAAGCGUACCGUAGCCAAGUUUCAUUCAAUGUUUAACCGAUAACAAACGAACUUGUGAGAAAGGAAAAUUUAUUGGGAAAAUGUUCUUUUUGGAAUGACAAAGCUGAACUCUUUUACUAGGCCCAACAACAAGCCGCAGCUCGUGCCCAACUCAACAAGACGUCGACGGCAGCGGCGAUGCGAACCCCACGAGUUCCAGUCAAUAGAAGAAACCUCCGGGCGGGCCAGCCCGAGAAAGAGCUCUCUUUCUCCCCGAAGCAGGCCAAGAUGAAGUGGAGCGCCAUUGAGAAGAUGGUCAGUACGAAAAAUUGAAGGCUUCAAUUGCUUUUUUCAAGGAAUUCUAAAUUAGUUACUUUUCAGUCUGUUUUUCUUGAUGCUUGAAAUAGCUUUAAAAUUUGUAGGGUGUGGUAAGUUUGAGUGGACCCCGGUGGGACUAAAAAUGGUCGAUUUUCCCAAGGAUCAUUUUGUCCCUCCGAAGACGAGCUUUAGUUAUCCAAAGGAUUACUCAAAAUUACCUCAGGAAUUUUUACAGUGAUCACUAUAGGGACUGCUUGAAUUUUCGGCCCCUCUAAAGGGACUACUUGAGUUUUCGGUCCCUCUAAUUAUAUCUCAAAAAAGUAAUUCUUAAUUUCGAACUCUCCAGUGGCCACUUGCAUUGAACUUCUCAAAGAUUAACGUCAUCUGGAAUUUUUAUUUUGUAUUGGAGCUCUUAAAUGGUCACUCCUCAAUUUCUAGAACGCUUGUUCAAGGUUAUAAGUUCAAGACGUUGAAAAAUGAUAUAUUAUACAUCAAUAAUUAUAUUUGGAAAACUGUUUUUUCAAUAAUAUAGUUGAUUUUUCACCAUUUUUCAGCUCGAAAGGUCGGUAGUGAAAAGGCAGUUGGUGCGAAAAAUGGAGGAUGAGCUUGAACGAUAUCUGCAAGAACGCCAUAAGCUCAUUAGUGAUAUCGCUGUUUUGGUGGGUUCUUCGAUUUUAUGGAAAAUAUUCAUUUUCGAAGCAUUUUAUUUUGGUUUGAUGAUUUUUAGAGAAGUUAAUGAAAAAAAUCCAUUGACGAGGAAGGGGUUUUUAACUUUACGGUUGGAAAAUUUAUUGAAAGUGAAUAUUUUUUGAUACACCAGAUUUUCAAGCAAAAAUAAUGAAAAUCGCAAUUUUCAAAAAGUUGUCAGAAGCGAUCUCAAAAAGCCCAUUUCAACGGUUUUAAUGAAGUUAUUCAACAUUGAGCUGUCCAUUUUUCGAAAAUAUUUUGCAGGUUGUGACUGUUAGGAUCUUGUUUAUUUUUGGAAAAAUCUUUAAAUCUCCUCGUUUUGAUUAAUUUUGAGAUUUCUAAGAUCUUCAUUAUUUAUUUAGAAUGUCCAAUUUUCAAACGGAAUAACCUUCCUUAUGGAAGUAAUUUGAAGAAAAUUCGCAAAAAAGCCAAAUUCAGGAGAAAACUUUCGUCUCGAGCAGCGAAAUCAUCGACCGCGACGGCCUGAUGGAGGCUUUGGACAGCGCCAAGCAGAAAAUGAUCUACCUCCAAGAACAGAUCACUGAGUCCCAGAAGGCCAUCGUGGACGUCGACGAACAAGUGGUGAGAGAAAAAAAAAGGAUGAAAAUUAUAUCAUAGGCUUUCAGAGUUUCAUUCAUUCAAAAAUUAGUUUUAAUUUUUUAUCACAUUUUCAGUAAGAGAAAACCAAAGAAAAAAAUCUGUCGAAUUCAUAAAGUCCAAUCACUCAGUCAAAAAAAUGGUUAAAGAAAUUUUUCUAACAUUUCAAAGGAAAAAAACAAAGAAAAAUCUUUAAGAUUAUGAAUUUUUUUCAGUGA